CUCUCAGCCCAGACUGGUGUGAGGAUGGCUUCUCCCUUCCAGGCUCUGGCACCUUGAGGAUCUGAUCUGCAAAGCUGUAUCCCUGGAGGACCAGAGAGAAACACACACAGGGGAAAAAAGGGAGAGGCACUGGCUGAGGAGGGUGAGCUGGGAGAAGGAAGGACUCCCAUGUUCCAUCACUUUGCAUCUCACUAGAUGAAUGGGAUAAGCUGCUAUCAGUCUCUCCUUGCCAGAAAACCAUUUAUUUCCAUAGUAACCUGGUGAAAGGCUUGCACUUGACAAACCUGGGAUUAGCAGCACCUGGAAUGGCCGCUAUCAGGUUUCAAGAGAUUAUGUGAGUUCCAUCCAAGAUGAGAAGAACUGAAGAAUGCAUGCGAUAGCAACCAGAAUUAAAGAAUUGUCUUGCAACAAUCUUGAUGUGGUAGUGGAAUUUUUUGAAGCGAUAUGCUGAUUUUGAAGCAUCCAAGACAGAAAUGCAAGGUUAAUUACCUCUGUUCAAUGCGUGUUUUUAGUCAUCCCCUGGACUUUUUAGAGUUCAGAGAAGUAUUGUGAUGGAAGAAAGGGCACAUCUGUGUGGUUGUGACUCCUGAAUUGUGGAUUAGCUUGCCAAGGAAUCUCUACUCCAAAGAAAUUCGAUGUAAUGGAUUUAGCUUCAGAAAUGAACAAGCAUGGGAAGAAUCCUGUAAGCCAUAAGUUAGAAGACCAGAAAAAGAUCUAUACCGACUGGGCAAACCACUACCUAGCAAAAUCUGGUCACAAACGGCUGAUAAAGGAUUUGCAACAGGACAUUGCGGACGGUGUGUUGCUAGCAGACAUCAUCCAAAUAAUCGCAAAUGAAAAAAUUGAAGAUAUCAAUGGCUGCCCGAAAAGCCAGUCGCAAAUGACUGAGAAUGUCGAUGUCUGUCUGAACUUCCUGGCAGCUAGAGGAGUAAACGUGCAAGGUCUCUCUGCGGAAGAAAUAAGAAAUGGAAAUUUGAAAGCCAUUUUGGGGCUGUUCUUCAGUCUUUCACGCUUCAAACAACAGCAGCAUCAGCAGCAGCAGUAUUAUCAGUCACUGGUAGAGCUUCAGCAACACGUCACUCAUUCCUCCACACCUGCAGAGGGCAGUCCACCAAAAACACAAGAUAUGCAGUCAAGUCUGACAGCCAGAUAUGCAACUCAGUCUAAUCACAGUGGAAUUGCAACCAAUCAGAAAAAGACUACUAGACUUCCAGGACCUUCCAGGGUGCCAGCUGCGGGCAGCAGUACCAAGGGUCAGGGAACGGCCAAUCUAAAUCGAAGAAGUCAGAGCUUUAACAGCAUUGACAAAAACAAACCACCUCAUUAUGCAAAUGGAAAUGAAAAAGAAUCACCAAAAGGCCCUCACCAGUCUGCAGGCAUGAAUGGAAAUGUGCAAUACCCCGCUAGCUCUGGUCAGCAAGUGGUCUCUGCCAUACCCUCUCCAACUGCCAGCAAGCCUUGGCGGAGUAAAUCCAUGAAUGUCAAACACAGUGCCACGUCUACCAUGCUAUCUGUGAAGCAGCCUAGCCCUGCAACCUCACCCACACCGUCUUCAGACAGACUGAAGCCUCCAUUGUCGGAAGGAGCUAAAACGCCUUCAUCGGGGCAAAAAUCUAUGCUUGAAAAAUUUAAACUGGUCAAUACUAGGCCUGGUUUAAGAUCUCAGUCAUCAUCAAACGAGGUCAUUAGAGAAGAUGAGAUUUUUUUAGAGUGUGAUGAAAAUGAUAGUGGUUCCAACUUAAGUAUCCCUAAAGUGUCACCUAAAUUGACUCCUCCCAAAGCUGGAAGCAAAAAUGUCAGCAAUAAAAAGAGUUUGCCUCAGCCGAAGGAGAAAGAUGACAAAAGCAGAGACAAAAAUAAAUCAAACAGCGAGAAAUCUGCUAAAGAAGAAAAAGAACAAAUGUCUGAGGGAUCAAAAAAGAGCUCAAAAAUUGCAAGCUUGAUUCCAAAGGGAAACAAGCCUGCCACAGUUAAAAAGGAAAGCAUGAUUCCUUUAUCAAGUGGAAUACCAAAACCUGGGUCAAAAGUGCCUGCAGCAAAGCAGACCACAUCUCCAGGUUCUGCAGUUGCAAAAGAGCCAGAAAAAAAUAGGACUACAAAAGGGAGCCAGACUCCGUCAUCGCAAAAAAACACAUCAGGUGAAAAGGUAACAACUCCCUCAGAAGGGAAGGUAUCCGUUUCCUCCACAACCCAUUCUGCUUCAACAGGUACAGUCGGUGCUGGUGUUCAGUUCACCGGAAAUGGAGCGGUACAGCUUCCUCAACAGCAGCACACUCACCCCAAUACUGCUACGGUGGCCCCCUUCAUUUACCGAACACACUCAGAAAAUGACAAUAGUUCUGUAUCGCCUGCUGAUUCUUGCACAAGUCCAACUAAAACUGAGUCAUCAUACAGUAAGACUGCCAAACAGUGCCUCGAGGAGAUAUCUGGAGAAGACCCAGAGACACGGAGAAUGCGAACUGUAAAGAAUAUAGCGGAUUUAAGACAAAAUCUAGAAGAAACAAUGUCUAGUUUACGUGGUACUCAAAUAAGUCACAGCACACUGGAAACAACAUUUGAUAGCACUGUGACAACUGAAGUUAGUGGGAGAAAUAUGCCAAGCCUAACGAAUCGAUCAUCUACGAUGACGUGGAGACUCGGCCAAGCUAGUCCCAGGCUUCAGGCAGGAGAUGCUCCGUCCUUGGUUGGUGCUUACCCAAGAAGUGGUACUGGACGUUUCAUACACACGGACCCUUCACGCUUCAUGUACACCACACCUCUUCGACGUGCUGCUGUAUCUCGCCUUGGAAACAUUGCGCAAGUUGAGCUUGGUGAUAAAGGAAGCCAUGAUCUUGAUAUGUCAUCAGAAGUGGAUUUGGGGGGAUAUAUGAGUGAUGGAGACAUUCUUGGAAAAAGUCUAAGAACAGAUGAUAUCAACAGUGGGUAUUUGACAGAUGGAGGUCUGAACUUGUACACCAGAAGUCUUAACCGGAUACCGGAUCUUGUUAAUCCACGUGAUGUUAUCCACAGAGGAAUACAUGACGUUGCUGUAGAUGUAGAUAGUUGGGAUGAUAGCAGCUCUGCCAGCAGUGGGCUUAGUGACACCCUCGAUAACCUCAGUACAGAUGACCUCAAUACAACGUCAUCAAUCAGUUCCAACAUCGUCUCUCCAAGAAAGAGUAAUCAAGCACAGUCGAAAACCGAUACUGAAAAGCGUUGUUUGACUGAGGCCGAAUCGUGGUGUAUUGAUGAAUUAAAGAAACAAGACGAGGAAUAUGACCUCACAUCAGAUACAAGUGGAAAAUGGAAAGGCCAUCAGACAGGGCUGUCUGAAGAGUCUGAAAAAGGGGGACAAAAAUCAAUGUCUGUUUCUCAGACGGGAUCAUGGAGGCGAGGUAUGACUGCUCAAAUUGGGACCACGUCCUCAAGGCACAAAACUGGAAGUAGCUCUCUUAAAACACCAGGAAAAACAGAUGAUGUAAAGGCUUCUGAAAAAGUAAAAACACCCCUAAAAGGUGGAUCUCUUCAACGGUCUCCUUCAGAUGCUGGAAAAAGCAGUGGUGAUGAAGGAAAAAAACCUCCUUCUGGAAUUGCAAGGCCGACUGCCACGGGUUCUUUUGGUUUUAAAAAGGCUGGAUCCACUAAUAUAACUGGGAGUGGAGCAACUAUCACAAGUGGAUCAGCAACUCUUGGUAAAAUGCCUAAAUCAGCUGCCAUUGUAGGAAAGGGAGCAGGACGGAAAACAAGUUUUGAUGGUUCACAGAACCAAGAUGAUGGAGUACUAUUGGCUACUUCAAAGGCUACAUUGCAAUACCGUAGUUUACCACGUCCAUCUAAAUCCAGCACCAGUGGAAUUCCUGGCAGAGGAGGACACAGGUCCAGCACAAGUAGUAUUGAUUCCAAUGUUAGCAGUAAAUCAGCAGGGACGUCUGGUACAAAACUAAGAGAACCUUCAAAAAUUGGCUCUGGACGUUCCAGCCCUGUUAGCAUUAAUCAGACAGACAAGGAGAAAGAGAAAGUAGCAGUGUCAGAUUCAGAGAGUGUUUCUUUGUCAAGCUCUCCUAAAUCCAGCCCAACAUCAGCCACUACAUGUAGUACACAAGGACUCAGACAGCCAGGAUCAAAAUAUCCUGAUAUUGCCUCACCCACAUUUCGGAGAUUGUUUGGGGCAAAAGCUGGAAACAAACCCUCAUCUGCUCCUAAUACUGAUGGUGUAAAGUCCACAUCGGUGAUGUCAAGUGCCAGCAACCCUUCUUUAGCCAGACAAGGCAGUCUGGACUCUCCUUCAUCAGGUACAGGAAGCAUGGGCAGUGCUGGAGGUCAAAGUGGUAGCAGUAGCCCUCUCUACAACAAGCCUAAUGAAUUAACACCUGAUGUAAUAAGUCUAGGGCAGUCUUUGGCUUCCAGUCCUGCUUCUGUUCACUCCUUUACAUCAGGCAAUCAGGUAUGGACAGCAAAUCUAAGCAGCUCUUCUGCUGGAAGCAAGGACACACCUAGUUACCAAUCUAUGAAUAGUCUUCACACCAGCUCGGAAUCUAUUGACUUGCCACUCAGCCAUCACAGUUCACUCUCUGGACUUACCACCAGUACACAGGAACUUCAAAGCCUUCUAAUGAGGACAGGCAGUGUGAGGUCUACACUUUCCGAAAGGGGUUUUCUUUACUUUAACAGUAUGCAACUUGACCGAAAUACACUACCCAAAAAGGGACUAAGGUACACACCAUCAUCUCGACAGGCAAGUCAAGAAGAAGGUAAGGAGUGGUUAAGAUCUCAUUCAACAGGAGGCCUACAGGACACAGGCAGCCAAUCUCCGAUUGUUUCACCAUCCGGGAUAUCUUCAUCCACUAAUGGAAAAUAUCACUACUCUAAUCUGGUGAGCCCGACCAACCUAUCACAGUUUAACAUUCCUGGUCCCAAUAUGAUGAGAUCUAACAGUAUUCCAGCCCAGGACUCAUCCUUCGAGAUGUAUGAAGACUCCCAGCUGUGCGGAAGUGCUACUUCACUAGAAGAUAGACCGAGAGCAAUUAGCCAUUCAGGUUCCUUCCGAGAUAGUAUGGAAGAAGUACAUGGAUCUUCAUUAUCACUGGUAUCCAGCACAUCAUCUCUCUAUUCUACAGCUGAAGAAAAAGCACAUUCAGAGCAAAUACAGAAACUAAGAAGAGAGCUGGUUGCUUCCCAAGAAAAGGUUGCCACAUUAACUUCCCAACUUUCAGCCAAUUCUCAUUUGGUGGCUGCUUUUGAAAAGAGCUUAGGAAAUAUGACUGGUAGACUGCAAAGCCUCACAAUGACAGCAGAACAAAAGGAAUCGGAGCUGAUUGAACUGAGAGAAACAAUAGAAAUGUUAAAAGCUCAGAAUUCUGCUGCGCAGGCUGCUAUUCAAGGUGCUCUCAAUGGGUCCGACCAUUCGCAUAAAGAUAUGAAGAUACGGAGGCAGCACUCCUCAGAGAGUGUUUCCAGUAUUAAUAGUGCAACAAGUCAUUCUAGUAUUGGCAGUGGCAAUGAUGUUGAUUCCAAGAAAAAGAAAAAGAAAAAUUGGCUUCGAAGUUCUUUCAAACAAGCUUUUGGCAAGAAAAAAUCUAACAAACCAUCUUCCCAUUCAGACAUCGAAGAGCUUACAGAUUCAUCUGUGCCAAACUCUCCAAAACUGCAACAUAAUUCAGAUAAUGCAUGCUCCUCCUCACUGAAAGCAUCGCAGUCCAGUACUGAGUCAUCUUUAAACUGGAUACCAAAGAGACGGCAAAAUGGGCAUGUGAUAUACAAGCAUAGAUCUCGGAUCUGCGAAUGCACAGAAGCAGAAGCUGAAAUUAUCUUGCAGUUAAAGGGUGAGCUGAGAGAGAAAGAGUUGAAACUAACAGACAUACGCCUUGAGGCUCUGAGCUCAGCACAUCACCUUGACCAAAUCAGGGAAGCAAUGAACCGUAUGCAGAAUGAAAUUGAAAUACUGAAAGCCGAGAAUGACAGGUUAAAGUCUGAAACCAGCAGCCCAGCGAAAAUGACACGACCCUCCUCUGAAUCUUCAAGCAGUACUUCCUCUUCUUCCCCACGGCAGUCACUAGGGCUCUCUUUAAAUAAUUUGAAUAUUGCAGAAACUGUUUCAGCAGAUAUAUUACUGGAAGAUAUACGAGAUGGAGGAUUUCACAAGGAGGGGCGAAGUGUUAAAAUUGUAGUCUCCAUUAAUAAAGGAUUUAGACGACCAAAGGAUAUGAGAAGCAAUUCAUAUUUAAUAGGAUCUAUUGGAGUGAGUGGGAAGACAAAAUGGGAUGUUCUGGAUGCAGUUAUACGACGCCUAUUUAAGGAAUACAUUUACCGUGUGGAUCCAGCGGCUAAUUUGGGCUUAACCUCUGAAUCAAUCGCCAGUUACUUCCUAGGUGAUAUAGUUAGGGGACACAAUGCAGACAUGCCUGAAAUGCUCCCCUGUGGAUAUCUUGUCGGAGAUAAUAACAUUAUCACUGUGAACCUUAAAGGAGUUGAAGAGAACAGUUUGGAUAGUUUUGUGUUUGAUACCCUCAUACCUAAACCAAUUACUCAGCGUUACUUUAAUUUACUGAUGGAACAUCGCAGAAUUAUAUUGUCCGGACCCAGCGGCACAGGGAAGACGUAUCUGGCUAACAAACUUGCGGAAUACGUUAUAAGUAAAACUGGCAGAAAGAAAAUUGAGGAUGCAAUCGCAGUAUUUAAUGUUGAUCACAAAUCAAGCAAAGAAUUGCGACAAUACUUGGCUAAUCUUGCAGACCAGUGCAGUGCUGAUAAUGACAGAGACCUCCCGAUGGUAAUAAUACUUGAUAAUCUCCACCAUAUUGGAUCUCUCAGUGAUAUAUUCAAUGGAUUUCUCAACUGCAAAUACAGUAAAUGCCCUUACAUUAUUGGCACAAUGAAUCAAAGUAUUUCCUCUUCCCCAAAUUUAGAAUUGCAUCACAAUUUCAGGUGGGUCCUAUGUGCUAACCAUACAGAUCCAGUUAAAGGGUUUCUUGGAAGAUACUUGAGAAGGAAAUUGAUUGAAAUAGAGAUAGAAAAAAACAUGAGGAACAAUGACCUUAUCAAAGUCAUUGAGUGGAUACCAAAAGCAUGGUGCCAUCUCAACAGCUUUCUGGAAAAGCAUAGCUCUUCGGAUGUAACCAUUGGUCCUCGGCUUUUCCUUUCUUGCCCAAUGGAUGUCGAUGGCUCUAGGGUAUGGUACACAGACCUGUGGAACUAUUCUGUAAUUCCAUAUCUACUGGAAGCUGUGAGGGAAGGUCUCCAGAUGUUUGGGAAAAGAGCCCCAUGGGAAGACCCAUCCAAAUGGGUGAUUGAAACAUUCCCGUGGAACAUUGCUACCUUGCAUGAAUGCCCAGCCUUGCUACAGCUGAGGCCUGAAGAUGUGGGUUAUGAUGGAUAUGCCACUGCCAAAGAAGGAACAACUUCCAAAAAAGUCACAGAGAGCGAAAAAGAGGGCGAUCCACUGAUGAAUAUGUUAAUGCGACUUCAAGAGGCUGCCAAUUUCUCAAGUGCACAAAGCUGCGACAGUGAUAGCACAAGCCACCAUGACGACAUAUUGGAUCCUUCUCUUGAAUCAACUCUCUAGAGAAUCUAUUCUAUUUGGCAAAAAAUCCUGUGUUAAAAAUGUUGUACACUAAAUCACUGCCUCUCUAUGCGCAGCACUUUGCAGUCUGGUUCCAAGAUAAUGUGCUGGGAGGCAGAUGACUUUAUCCUAAAAAAAAACGGUGGAAAAUCGAAAUGGAAAGCUUGAAUGAGUUUAAUUUCAAGGCAUUUCGCCAUCAGUGGAGCAGAGUGAGUCUCCAUUAGUCAACUGGAAGGGGCCCUGGACAGAGGGCAAACAAGCAGAUUGCACAUUUGUUAGCCAGACUGGAAUUAUUUUGUUUUCUAAAAGGUUUACAGCACAGAUGUGUGUAAAAUUUCUUUUUUUUUCUUGUUUUAGUAUGUACUGUAUUACUAAUACAGUAUUGAAUUCACUUCAAACCUCUGAUGUACUGCAUAGUGCAGGUCACGUGGCUACAUUAGUGCGAUUGUUGUGUACUGCCUCCAUAGUAAAUCAAAAUAUGGUCCUCAGAUAAAGCACAUAAAGUAGUGUGCAGAUACCAGAAAAUCUACUGUGAUAUAGUGGAAAAGUGCCAAUUUGAAUUCUGAUCUGCCAUGCUCACAAUGGUAAACUCUGCAAAAUGCUGAACUCCAAUGUUUUAAGACACAUGUGUACAAAGUGGUUAAUCACCACUGGGAUGUUUUUUUGUUUUUUUAACCACCUGACCAUGAGCCUAAAUAGGUUUCUAGGAAUAAUUAAAUAACCCCAAUUAAAGGCUUUCCUUACAGCUUCAUUGGCUUGAGCCUUAUCGGGGAAAUAAGAAAGAAAAAAAGACAUAUAUGGUGCUCUUUCACUGCCUUAAAAAAAUCUCAUCAUAGUCUUGCAGUCAGUCUAAUGUUGCUCUAGAACCAUAAGUAUUGUUUGCUGUUUUCCUUUUACCAUUUACCAUGAAUUGUGACGCUUAGCACAGUGCCCGCGCGUUUCACAUGGUUUUUCUUAGGAUGGUGUCUUUAAGAAACAGCAAUUACUAUUACACAGUGUAGUAUUACAUUCUUGUGAGUGGAUUAACUUUCUUAAUCUCAGAGAUACAGGUAAAACAGCACAUUUAUACCAUCAAUUCACAAUAGAAACAGGUGGUUUAAAUUAUUCUUCUCUUUUUUUGCUGAAGCAUUCUCGAAGAAUAGAUAUUUUGAAUGAAUUUCCAGCAGAGCUGGGAGCACUUGAUGAAGCAUGAGCACAAAUAUUUUAUUUUUUUCCCUCUCCUCCCAACUUAUAGUUUUAGGCAUGUUUAAAUUCCUCCUCUUGUAAAUGGGUUUUUUCCGUGUCAAAUAACAAUGAAGCAGUGUAGAGUUUUUAUUAUAUAAUGGGUUGGUUUUGCACAGUCUACUGGGUGGGUGUUGUAAAUAACUAGCAAUGAUGAGAAUUAAAAAUGCCUUGCACCAGUUACAUAAAACAAAUUUGUAUUUUAUCCUGUUGGUGUAUGUCUCACUUAACACAAUAUUCUGUAUGUUGUAAACAGAAUUCAAAUCUUCAAACUGUAUAUGCUGCUGUGUUUGUCCUGUUCUUACAGUUGUUAGAACUAUGCAGGAAUUAAAAUACAGCAAUCAGCAUGUAUCAAACUCUAUAUGUGGAGCCAAUACAUUAUAGCAAAAGGAUCAGACUUUGGACAGAUUGCAUUGGACCUGACAAUUGAUAAAAUUGGAUCUAUAAUACGUAUACAAAUAAAUAAAAAAUAUAAGGGCUAUGGCAUUGUGUAGAAAAACACAAAACAGAUGCUAUCUUUAACAUCAUGAAACUGGUGCUACUAAAUUAUGGUGGCCGCUAUUUGGUCAUCAUCCUUAUAUGCCAAUAAUUCUAAAAAUUUCAAAUUGUGGUUUUUUUUGUUUAUUUUUACAAUGAGCAUUUCCUACACGGUGCUAUUGCCCAAAUGGCCGAUGUCCAUCCUUUUACGUAAGGACGAUGUUUUUCAAACUCUGCAUUGGUCUAUAGAGGCAGAUCCUCCUCCUCCCUAUAUUUUAAUGAAGUAUGGGUAUGCAUUUAAUGACUGGCUCAAUAUUCCAUGUGCUCAAAUAUUAUAUGUGGUCUGAACAAGUCUGAAAAUAGUUUCCUGGCAUAUCGAUGAUGUACACACACCAGACAAUUCCAUACACAGAACUUCCUGCAAUACAUCUCAGUGAGUACAUUUCGUUUACAACAAGGAAAAAUAUUUGUGAAACAUUUGUCUGUAUACAUUUUAUAUUUUGUACAUUUUUGAUGUAACAUAUCAUGUAAAUAGACAGAAGCAGUGAAAUAAUUCAUCUGAAAAAUUUUGUAGUCUUUGUAAAGCCCUUAUAAUACGUUUUUUUGGUGUAAUCAGACUUAAUUGGAUGAUGUAUUUUCUAUGAGUUGAUUGUUCUCCUAGCUUGUAUACCAGCUUGCAUCUAUUUUUUGCAGAUGUGCGCAGUGUAACUGUCUAAAUUAUUACUUUGCCAUUAAAGUGGAAUUAUUUAUUGAA